AUGACUAUCCCCAUCGCGACGAUUGUCUCCUUCCGAACCGCCUACAACCCCUUCUCUCGCGCUUCCCGGCCAUGCCGCCUCUUGUUGAGCAUGUUGCGCACACCGGAGACUAUCCCUACCAGCAGCCCAACUCACAUUGACAUCAAGGUCAAGCAAUUGCCGCGCAACUCCACCGAGGCACCAACCAUGACUAUCGGGUUCAAGGGCGGCAAGGAGCUUGUCCUUGAUGUUGGGAAGCGCGGAAUGAAGAUUGGUGAUGUUAUCGAGGAGGUUUCCCGUGUUGGCCGAGCUCUCCAGCGUGAGGCUAGCUUGAAGAACUAG